AUGGUUUCCCCUCCCCUUAGCACUCUUCUUCUAGCGCUCGCCGCCCCGCUCACCAUCCACGGGGCACCGACCCCGACCCCAACCAACACCGACACCGCCCCCAACCCGGACACCACCAUCUGCACCAACACCACCCUCGCCAUCUCCCUCACCCUGACCCAACCCCUCCCCUCCCAACAUCAACAAACCACCCCCCUCGGCAACGGCGUCCCCCUCCGCAUCAUGCCCCUCGGCGCCUCCAUCACCUACGGCACGGCCUCCUCCGACGGCAACGGCUACCGCGCCGCCCUGCGCAACCACCUCGUCUCAGGCCCGGGCAACAAAGUCAACAUGGUUGGCACCCGCCAAUCCGGCUCCAUGCGCGACCGCGACGUGGAAGGGUGGCCGGGGUUCCGCAUCGCCGAGGUGCGCGCCAAGGCGAUGGCGCCCGGGUGCGUGCCGCACUACCGGCCGAACGUCGUGCUGGUGAAUGCGGGGACGAACGACGCGACGCAAAAUUUCAGCGUCGACGGCGCCGGGGCGAGGAUGGAGGGGCUGGUGAGGGAUCUGUGGGCGGCGAGUCCGCGGGCGGUGGUUGUGUUGAGUACGCUGUUGGUGAAUAAGAAUGCGGAGGCCGAGAGGAAUGUAAGGGUGAUUAAUGCGCAGUAUGUGGAUUUGGCGAGGAGGUUGAGGGAGGGGGAGAGGAAGAGGUUGGUGUUGGUGGAUAUGCAUGGGCCGGAUGGGCCGACGACGGCGGAUCUGGCGGAUGAUACGCAUCCGAAUGAUGCGGGGUAUAGGAAGAUGGCGGAUAUUUGGUUCAAGGGGCUGGUGGCGGCCAGUGAUGCCGGUUGGUUGCAGGCGCCGGAGUCGGUGGCGGGAGUGCCGACCUCGCCCGGCCGACAGAGUGAGCGGACGAGACGCCGGUCCUCCCUCCCGACCUCUAUCUUCAUCUUCCGCAUCCGCGUCCGUAUCGGAAUUAGAGUUGGAGUCGGAGCUAGGCGUUGCUAUCAGACUCGUAGCUCUCGAUCCACCAUGAACCAUGGGCCCCGUGGUGCCCGUGGCAAGCAGCGCGGACUCGCUGUGCAGGGCUCCGCACACGUGUCACAGCGCCAGGUGGCGCGCAGGCGUAGCGAGGUUGCCGAGGGUAAGAGGGCGGUCCUCUGGUCCCCUUGGGCUUGGGAGGAGGUGGCCGAGGAGGGUGGAGAGGGGUGGCGGGGGGAUUGA